GUUGUUGUAGGGGAAUAUUUCAUCAAUAAACAAAAGUAUCGCUAAUCAAGUGAACAUAUUUCAGACAUUACAUUUUUAAUCAUCAUUGCUGCUGAACCUCGAACUUGAUUACCUUACACGUCAAUUAAGAAUCUUGACAAACUAUGAUAAGCCGCGCUUUCAUCUUUGACAAGGUUAAUCAGAAGUCAAAGCUAUGGUCAAACGACAAGGAGUGAUUAGUCCUAAAAUGAUCUAAGUAAUGAAGUGAACACGGUUCUGCGUAAUUAUGAUUUGUCAAAAUAUCAGUUCUCCAUAAAUAUUCGUGCUUUACCUUAGCGAGUCCAAUUCAAUCAAGACUUUUGUGAAGUAACCAGUUACAAUAAAAAUGCUCCCUAAACAACUAUUUCGGGACGAUGGUGAAUAUUUCCAGAUGAUUGGUGGUAUGGAGCCAUUUGGAUUAGAAUCAACAAAACCAAAAGCAGACAAUAUUAGGUCUUCUACUGCAAAGAUGUCGUUCACAAAAUGUCACCAAGCUGAUUCCGUGAAAUCAACAUCUGCCGUUGACAAGUAUAACAAACCUUGCAGAGAUUUAAAGACUGCCGUCAACAAACUUACACUGAACAACGACUUGAUUGCUGAUUGCAGCAGAACCUACUCGCUUCCGACAGUCGCAGGAAAACACCAGGAUCUGAAUAGCAUCUCGCCACAGACACUUUCUGAUGUCAUUGACGGUCGCUACAAAAACGUCAUCAAUAGUUACCGAAUCAUCGACUGCAGAUACCCGUAUGAAUUCGAAGGAGGUCACAUCGAAGGUGCCGAAAACAGGUAUUCACAUGCAUCCAUCUUAGAACUGCUUCAACAGCCGACGACAGAGAAGCAAAUUCUUGUUUUUCAUUGUGAGUUUUCAUCAGAACGAGGUCCAAAGAUGAUGCGUUUCCUGAGAAGUAAAGAUCGUGAAUUGAAUAAAGAAAAUUAUCCUGCUUUGAACUACCCAGAGGUAUAUUUACUUGAUGAAGGGUACAAAUCUUUUUUCAACGAAAAGUCGACGUAUUGCGAUCCUAUUAGUUAUAAACCGAUGAUCCAUUCUGAACACUCGUCCGAUUUACGUCAAUUCCGGGCAAAGUCAAAGUCUUGGAAUGCUGGAGAAAAACGACAACAUGCAAGAAGAUCUAUACGCCUGUAAUAUAAACUUUCGUAUGAAAAGGGAUUGAAUAUAUUUCUUGUGAUAGUGCUACUCAGAAACAUUUUACGGAAAGCUAAUAUAGUGCUGUAGAGCAAA